AUGGACCGAAACGCUGAAAUAUCCCAGAGUUUGGAGGCGUUCCACAGGAGUAUUGCAGACGAGUAUGUUGAGCUUGUGAAAACCUUCAACGUGUAUGCGUAUGGCUUUGGGUACAAGCUGGGGAUUUUAAAAGACGUGUUUUCCGACAUAUUUGUGGUGGACUUUUCCGACGGAGAGACAGUUAUAACAAGCAGAAACUUGUACGAGUACUACUGCAUGGAGCCCAAGGAGACAGACCUGAAGCGGGCACUGGAGCACAUCAGCAAGCUGGUCUCCCGGGACACCACCAAAACAGUUGUUCUUGUAAAUGCAAAAAAGGACGCGAUUGGCAAGCUGGAGAACCUGCGGGUUGUUCUCGUGCAGCACAGAGAGCUGUACAUGUCUUUUGACGACCUCCUGGAGUUCAACUAUGUGAUGCGAGAUUUCACCACGUUCAUUUCAGAGCAGAAAAAGUCAUCUGGAAAGUCUGCUCGGGUCGACGAGGCGCUGAACGUGUACGACUGCGUGGGCGGCCUGAGCAAGAAAAUAUUCCGGCUUAUUAUAAAGGCUGCCGCCUCCAGGGCGGAGUUCUCUCUUCGGGAUAUUUUCAACAAAGAAAAAAAGCGUCUCCUCAUCGUGCAGUACAACUCCUUCAGAGAGGCACUUGCGCCCUUUGUAGACUCAAACGUUCUUUUAGAAAGAAGCGGCGUGUCCAAGCUAAACCUAACAAAGAAAGAGCUUGCCGAGGUCAUCUCGCUCGUCGAGAAGGACGACUAG